UUAUAGCAUUUCUGAACGAGUCGAAGAGCACGUUGAAUACAUUUUGAGCGAGCUGAGGUAAAUGUUUGGAGAAAAGUGCUAAAUAUAAACAGUGGAAGCCCGAAAUCGAAUCUAAUAUUGUCCGCUCACAGAAGAUCAUUGCGUUUUCGAGAGUCGUAGAGUGACAAUUGGAAUGACGCUCCCGAGUGCUAACUGUGCCGUUUGUCAUGUGGCCGCCCGGCUCACCUGCACCCGCUGCAAGGUCGUACGCUAUUGCAAUGGGGAGCACCAGAGGCAGGAUUGGCCCCAGCACAAGAGCUGCUGUCGGCCAUUCCGGGAACAGCAGGAUGCCCAACUGGGCCGCUACUUGGUGGCCACCCACGACGUUAAGGCCAAGCAGAUCAUAUUUGUGGAGGAUCCCCUUGUCGUGGGUCCUAAGUGGUUUCUCACCGACGAAGAGAAAUCAGCCAGCAUCGUCCCCUGCGUAGGCUGCUACACGCCCUGCCGCGUGGACAAACAUCAUUGUCGCAAUUGUCGGUGGCCCGUAUGCAGCGUCGGAUGCGAGCACGAGAAACUGGAGUGCAGUGUCCUCAGUUUGGGAAACGCACCCAAAUCCAAGACGGACGUACGUGCUCUCGUUGACUACUACCGACACGAUGCGUUGCUGGUGCUCAAGUGCCUGCUGUUGCAGCAGCAACAUCCAGAUCGCUGGCGGGCGCUGUUGGAAAUGCAGUCGCAUGAAGAGGAGCGUCUGGGCACAGAGCUGCACCAGGAAGCAGAGCAGCGAGUUGUCGGCUAUCUACGGCAGCGUUUCCUGCAGCGCAUCAAGCAGAGCAAGCAACGAGACAGCAUGCCUAGCGACUAUGAGCCGCAGCUGCUGCAUCGCCUGUGUGGCAUCAUUGAGACCAACUAUAUGGUCAUCGAGCUGGCCACGGGCAUAGAGCUGAGCGGUCUCUUCCGGCAAGCCUGUAUGAUGGAGCACGCCUGCCAGCCGAAUUGCUACUUCCAGUUCGAUGCAGCCACACAACGCAUUGCGGUGCGAGCGGGCUGCGACCUGAAGAAGGGAGACCAUUUGAGGAUCACAUACACCAACAUAUUGUGGGGUACGCAAAUGCGACACCAUCAUCUACUCAUGACCAAGCACUUUAGCUGCCGCUGUGCACGCUGUGAGGAUCCGACCGAGUACGGUAGUUACGUGAGUGCCUUGCGUUGCCUGGGCGAUGUGUCCAAGACGUGCGUAGGCGUCCAGCUGCCGGUCGACCCACUUGAUGAGAAGACCCAGUGGAAGUGCGACACUUGUCCCAUGGUUGUGGAUGCCGCCUACGUGACUGAAGUGCAGACACACAUGACUGAGCAAGUGGAGUCCCUGUUGGCUGGACGACCCACAGCCAGCCAGGUGGAGCUGCUGUUGGCUCGACUAUCCCAGCUGCUGCACACCAAUCACUUUCACAUGUUUAAUCUGAAGCACACGCUCGUCCAGUUGUACGGCCAUGAGCCAGGGCUGGAGCUGGGCACACUGAGCGAUCUGCAGUUGGGCCGAAAACAACGCCUUUGCGAUGAGUUAUACAACGUGUGCCGCUUGCUCGAUCCUCACAGCAUCAAGCUAGCCAUCUACGUCAGCAUCAUUCUCAUCGAGAUGACUCACACGCUGGAGGAGCGAGCACGCAGAGAGCAAGCUGAAGCAGCAGCUCUGCUGGAGCAAGCAGAACUGCGUCUGAAGGAGGCACAGGAUGUGGUGGAGAAGGUGCUGGACUCUGUGGCCGGGAAGAAGCUGAACGACAAACUACAGAAGCACUUUGCGGAGCACUACAAAUUGACAGCCAGACUGAAACUCAACACAUUAAAUUAA